AUGUAUCCCAUUUGUAGGUCAUCUCUCUCCAGAUUAUCCCUCCAAGGCCGUCAUCUUCAAUCCCCACUCGCAUCUCUCCGGCAGUCUUGUUCGCAAAACUCUAGCUUCAAUUUCUCCACUAGGUGGCAUUUUGGCCACUCUCAUCCCCCUGAUCACCAAAGCUCCGGUGAUGAAGGGGAUAAAAUUUUCCGGCUUGGUCUCACCGCUGAUAUCGGUUUAUCUGUCGGAAAAGCUCUCGCCGGCUAUCUCUGCGGCAGCACGGCGCUCAUCGCGGAUGCUGCUCACUCCGUUUCCGAUGUGGUUCUGAGCGGUGUAGCGCUAGUCUCUUACAGAGCUGCAAAUGUUCCCAAGGACAAAGAGCAUCCCUAUGGUCAUGGUAAAUUCGAAACUCUGGGAGCCCUUGGAAUCUCUGGCAUGCUUUUGGCAACUGGCUGUGGUAUUGCCUGGCAUUCUUUAGAGCUUUUAUCUGCUGCCCUAUCCGCAGCUCCUGAGGUGCUUCAUGGAAAUCAUAGCCACGGUUUAGAUAUGAGUCAUCCUGUUCUCGCUUUGACUGUAACCAUUGCCUCUAUUUCUGUCAAAGAAGGGCUUUACUGGAUCACAAAACGAGCAGGAGAAAAACAAGGCAGUGGUUUGAUGAUGGCAAAUGCAUGGCAUCACCGAUCAGAUGCAAUCUCUUCUGUAUUUGCACUAGUAGGAGUUGGAGGCUCUAUUCUUGGAGUUAAUUUUUUAGACCCUCUCGCUGGCCUUCUUGUCUCGACAAUGAUCAUCGAUGCUGGACUGAAAACAGGACGCCAAAGUGUCUUGGAACUGGUGGAUGCUGCUAUACCAGCUGAGAAACUAGAGCCAAUUAGACAAACCAUAUUACAGGUUGAAGGAGUCAAGGGAUGUCAUCGGCUAAGGGGUAGGAGGGCUGGUUCAUCAUUGUAUCUUGAUGUACACAUUGUAGUAGAUCCCUUUUCCAGUGUGAGUGUUGCACAUGAGGUUGGAGAAUAUGUACGAGGACAGAUCAAUAAGAACCAUCCUGAAGUGUCUGAAGUUUUCAUUCAUAUAGAUCCAGCAUUUUUACAGUUUUCUUGUAGCAUGGUGGAUCACGAUAGUGUAAUUAAGAAGAGUAAUCAAGAAAUUAAUAUCUGCAAAGAGAUUAACCAUGUCGACGCCACUGUCUCAGACAUUUUUUCGUCACACUUCUCUAAGAAAAUGACGAUCAGACGAAUUACACCUCACUUGUUGCAUAGCAAGAUCUUGCUCCAAAUCGAAGUCUCCAUGCCAUCAACAAUGACAAUACAGGAUGCCAUGAGAGCCGCUGAAGAUGCAGAAAAGGAGAUUCUCAAGGCAGCCCCAAAUGUGGCUCGCGUCAGCAUUCAGCUUAGUCUUAAGGACUCUUUGCCCCAGUAA